CAAAGAGGAACAAUAGCAACACACAAAAAAAUCUUGUCUAUUGAACAAUUCACUUUUCCAGUCUGUGGAUAUCGCUCUAACUAAGUACAGCACUUUGAGAAUUGUUCACAUCGGACGGACUGAAGAGGGAGGCAAGACCUGUGGACCGGGUUUUCCCUCGCAAGUCUGAAUCGGCUCUCUCUGCUUAUCCCGUGAAAAAAAAAAAACAAAAAGAAAAACAAACCCUGAAGGAUAACACGCUUGGACGUUUAUUUCCCUAAUUUCGCAGGAGGCUCUUUUUUCACGCAAAUUGUCCUAAAUGUUUGGGAUUCAGGAAACUAUACCGCGGGGUGGGACGACGAUGAAGGAGGAACCGCUGGGUGGACUGAACUCGGUCCGCUCCUGGAUGCACACAGCUGGGGUGGUGGACGCAAACACAGCCGCCCAAAGCGGUGUCGGCUUGGCACGGGCACAUUAUGAAAAGCAGCCCCCUUCCAACCUCAGAAAAUCCAAUUUUUUCCAUUUCGUCCUGGCGCUGUAUGACAGGCAGGGUCAGCCCGUGGAGAUCGAAAGGACAGCUUUUGUGGACUUUGUGGAGAAAGAAAAAGAACCAACCAGUGAAAAAACUAACAAUGGGAUACAUUACAAACUACAGUUAUUGUACAGCAACGGCGUCAGAACAGAGCAGGAUCUUUACAUACGGUUAAUCGAUUCCAUGACGAAGCAGGCCAUAGUUUAUGAGGGCCAAGACAAGAAUCCAGAAAUGUGCAGAGUUCUUCUUACUCAUGAAAUUAUGUGCAGCCGAUGCUGUGACAAGAAAAGCUGUGGAAACAGGAACGAGACUCCAUCAGACCCUGUGAUCAUUGACAGAUUCUUCCUAAAGUUCUUUCUCAAGUGCAAUCAGAACUGUCUGAAGAAUGCAGGGAAUCCACGAGACAUGCGCAGAUUCCAGGUUGUCGUAUCGACGACUGUCAAUGUGGACGGCCAUGUCUUGGCUGUCUCCGACAACAUGUUCGUACACAACAAUUCCAAGCAUGGGCGAAGGGCUCGCAGACUCGACCCUUCAGAAGGUACGCCUCCUUAUCUGGAGAAUGCAGCCACCCCGUGCAUCAAGGCUAUCAGCCCCAGCGAGGGAUGGACCACUGGAGGAGCCACUGUCAUCAUCAUAGGGGACAACUUCUUUGACGGCCUACAAGUCGUGUUCGGCACCAUGCUCGUAUGGAGUGAGCUGAUAACUCCUCACGCCAUCCGCGUCCAGACUCCACCUCGGCACAUCCCCGGUGUUGUGGAAGUCACGCUGUCCUACAAGUCCAAGCAGUUCUGCAAAGGUGCCCCUGGGAGAUUUGUCUAUACUGCCCUGAAUGAGCCAACCAUCGACUAUGGUUUCCAGAGGCUGCAGAAGGUCAUCCCCAGACACCCCGGCGAUCCUGAGAGGUUACCAAAGGAGGUGUUACUGAAGAGGGCGGCUGAUCUCGUCGAAGCCCUGUAUGGAAUGCCACACAACAAUCAGGAGAUCAUUCUGAAGAGGGCAGCUGACAUCGCUGAGGCCCUGUACAGCGUUCCCCGCAACCACAACCAGAUCCCCUCUCUCGCAAACACAGCCUCCCACGGCAUGAUGGGAGUCAACUCCUUCAGCAGCCAGCUAGCAGUCAAUGUCUCUGAGUCACAAGGGAAUGACCAAGUGGGCUACAGCCGGAACACCAGCAGUGUGUCCCCCCGGGGCUACAUCUCCAGCAGCACCCCGCAGCAGUCGAGCUACAACACCGUCAGCAACAGCAUGAAUGGCUACGGCAAUGCCGGUAUGAACCUGGGAGUGCCAAGCUCCCCUGGGUUCCUCAACGGAUCCUCUGCCAACUCCCCAUAUGGAAUUAAACAAAAGAGCGCCUUCGCCCCUGUGGUCCGACCCCAGGCUUCCCCACCCCCCUCCUGCACCAGCGCCAACGGCAACGGACUGCAAGGUGAGCCCCCCUCACCCCCUCAUCCCUUCCCUACGGACUACUGGUCAGAUACCGCUGCUCAGGCCUCUGUCCGGUUUGCCAUGUCUGGCCUGGUUGUCCCUCCAAUGUAAAUGCACUUUCAACAUCUCAAGCACCAGUCUACACACUACCACUUCAGAGGACCCCCCCUCAGCACACCGCAAAACGCUGGUGUAAUGUAUAGUCAACCGCUUGUUCUGUUUUUAAAGAUGAAGAAAAAAAAAAGAAAGAAAUUAAUUUUUUUUUUUCUUUUAA